GGCUCGUGCGCGCCCGUCGUUCCACACUCGGCAGGGGGAUGUCACUGCUCCGUCCCUUCGAAUAGGACGACCGGUGUGAUAAGGCCCUUACGAGAUUAAAUGAGACCUUUGUGACAAGAGCGGUGCACGUCACCUGCCAGGUGAGGGGACGCUACCGCGACUGUGUUGUUUUGAGGGACCGGACGUGAGAGACCCGCUCAGGUGGUUGGUUUUUCGUGCCGCUAAACACACGCAGAGUCUUCAGGAUGAGUGUCCCUGACUACAUGCAGUGCGCCGAGGACCACCAGACUCUCCUCGUGGUGGUGCAGCCUGUGGGCAUCGUCUCCGAAGAGAACUUCUUCAAGAUCUACAAGAGGAUCUCCUCGGUGAGCCAGGUCAGCGUGCGGGACUCCCAGCGGGUGCUCUGUAUCCGCUACAGGCACCACUACCCGCCCGAGAACAAUGAGUGGGGUGACUUCCAGACCCACCGCAAGGUCGUGGGCCUCAUCACCAUCACGGACUGCUUCUCCGCCAAGGACUGGCCGCAGACUUUCGAGAAGUUCCACGUGCAGAAGGAGAUCUAUGGCUCCACGCUCUACGACUCUCGGCUCUUCGUCUUUGGGCUGCGGGGAGAGAUUGCUGAGCAGCCGCGCACCGACGUGACCUUCUACCCCAACUAUGAGGACUGCCAGACGGUGGAGAAGAGGAUCGAGGACUUCAUUGAAUCCCUCUUCAUUGUGCUCGAGUCCAAGCGUCUGGACAGGGCCACCGACAAGUCCGGGGAUAAGAUCCCCCUUCUCUGCGUCCCAUUUGAGAAGAAGGACUUCGUAGGACUGGACACAGACAGUAGUAUGUUGUUGGGUCUGAAAAGACACUACAAGAAGCGGUGCCAAGGGCGCAUGCGCAAGCACGUGGGGGAUUUGUGCCUCCAGGCUGGGAUGCUGCAGGACUCCUUGGUGCACUACCACAUGUCCGUGGAGCUCCUCCGCUCCGUGAAUGACUUCCUGUGGCUUGGAGCUGCCCUUGAAGGGCUGUGUUCCGCUUCUGUCAUCUACCACUAUCCUGGCGGGACUGGGGGCAGGACGGGAGCACGGAGGUUCCAGGGCAGCUCACUUCCUGCGGAAGCAGCCAACAGACACCGGCCAGGGGCACAGGAAGUUCUCAUUGACCCAGGGGAAUUCUUCCUCAGCAUGGGUGCCCUCACGACCAACGGCAUAAAUCCUGACACCAGUUCCGAGAUCGGACGUGCUAAGAACUGUCUUAGUCCCGAGGACAUAAUUGACAAGUAUAAGGAGGCCAUUUCCUAUUACAGCAAGUACAAGAAUGCUGGAGUGGUUGAGUUAGAGGCGUGUGUCAAGGCUGUGCGCGUCCUCGCCAUUCAGAAGAGGAGCAUGGAAGCCUCCGAGUUUCUGCAGAACGCCGUCUACAUUAACCUCCGGCAGCUUUCUGAGGAAGAGAAAAUCCAGCGGUACAGCAUCCUGUCCGAGCUCUACGAGCUGAUCGGCUUCCAUCGGAAGUCUGCGUUCUUCAAGCGCGUGGCCGCUAUGCAGUGCGUGGCCCCGAGCAUCUCGGAGCCGGGCUGGAGGGCCUGCUACGAGCUCCUCCUGGAGGCGCUUCCCGGCUACAGCCUGUCGCUGGACCCCAGACACUUCAGCAAAGGCACGCACCGAGGCUGGGCCGCCGUCCAGAUGCGUCUGCUUCACGAGUUGGUCUACGCGUCCCGAAGAAUGGGGAAUCCCGCUCUUUCUGUCAGGCACUUGUCCUUCCUGUUGCAGACCAUGUUGGACUUUCUGUCGGAUCAAGAGAAGAAAGAUGUGACUCAGAGCCUGGAGAACUACACGUGCAAGUGCCCCGGGACAAUGGAGGUCCUCACGCUGCCCGGUGGCCCCACCCUGCCUCCGGUGCCCCUCACCAAACUCCCCAUCGUCAGGCGUGUGAAGCUGUUGAACCUUCCUGCCAGCCUCCGGCCACAGAAGAUGAAAAGCCUGCUGGGUCAGAACGUGUCGACUAAGAGCCCGUUCAUCUACUCACCAAUUAUCGCGCACAACCGCGGGGAAGAGCGGAACAAGAAGAUAGAUUUCCAGUGGGUUCAAGGAGACGUGUGUGAAGUCCAGCUGAUGGUGUACAACCCGAUGCCGUUUGAGCUCCGAGUCGAAAACAUGGGGCUCCUGACCAGCGGAGUGGAGUUCGAGUCUCUGCCUGCGGCGCUCUCCCUGCCCGCUGAGUCCGGUCUUUACCCGGUGACUCUUGUUGGGGUCCCGCAGACGACCGGAACGAUUACUGUCAACGGUUACCACACCACGGUCUUUGGCGUCUUCAGCGACUGCCUGCUGGAUAACCUCCCGGGGGUGAAGACUGGUGGCUCCACGGUGGAAGUCAUCCCGGCCCUGCCCAGGCUGCAGAUCAGCACCUCCCUGCCCAGGUCUGCACACUCCCUGCAGCCUUCUUCUGGCGACGAGACGUCCACCAACGUGUCGGUCCAGCUUUACAACGGGGAGACCCAGCAGCUCGUCAUCCAACUGGAGAACAUCGGGAUGGAGCCGCUGGAGAAACUGGAAGUCACCUCCAAAAUCCUCACCACCAAAGAAAAAUUGUACGGCGACUUCUUGAGCUGGAGCCUGGAAGAAACCCUUGCCCAGUUUCCUCUGCAGCCGGGGAAGGUGGCCACCUUCGUGGUCAACAUCAAGGUGAAGCUGGAUUUCUCGUGCCAGGAGAAUCUCCUCCAAGACCUCAGUGACGAUGGAAUCAGCGUGAGUGGCUUUCCGCUGUGCAGUCCCUUCCGACAGGUCGUUAGGCCUCGAGUGGAGAGCAAGUCCGUGAACCCGCCCGAAGGCAGCAAGCCGGGGGACCCGAGCCACGUGAAGACCCUGGAAGCUAUCCUGAAUUUCAAGUACUCUGGAGGGCCGGGCCACGUGGAAGGAUAUUAUAGGAGCCUCUCCCUGGGGCUGCGCGUGGAGGCCGAGCCGUCUGUUUUCUUCACCCGCGUCAGCACUCUGCCGGCAACCAGCUCCCGGAAGUGCCACCUGCUCCUGGACGUCUUCAACUCCACGGAGCACGAGCUGACGGUCAGCGCCCGCGGCAACGAGGAGCUCGUCCUGCAUGCCGGCGAGUGCCAGCGAAUGGCCAUUCAAGUGGACAAGUUCAACUUUGAGAGUUUCCCAGAAUCCCCUGGUGCGAAGGGACAGCUUGCAAAUCCGAAGCCACUGGAGGAAGAGAGGCAGGAAGCCCGUGGCCUGGAGAUCGACAGCAAGCUGGACGUCCACUGGAGAAUCCCCUCUCUCAAGCGCACAGGGGAGGCGAGCGUGGAAGGCCUCUUGAACCAGCUGGUCCUGGAGCACCUGCAGCUGGCCCCGUUGCAGUGGGGGUCGGAGCAGGGCUGGAGGCGACCACCCAUGAUUCCGGGAGUGCCCAGGGAGAGGAGAGAGACACCCCAGCUGCAGGGGCACCGUGAGCCACCAGGCCGGGCUGCCCCUGUGCCCAGCACAUGUCCUCAAGAUGUGCUGGUGGACGGACAGCCCUGUGACUGUGAGGCCGCGGCCUGCCGGGUGGGCGACCCCGUGUGUCUGGAGGUGCGGCUGACCAACCGGAGCCCGCGCAGCGUGGGGCCCUUCGCGCUCACUGUGGCGCCCUUCCAGGACCACCAGAAUGGGGCACGCAAUUACGACCUGCACAGCGCCGUCUCCUUCGUGGGCUCCGGCACCCUCCACCUGGAUGCGGUGCAGCCCGCAGGCCAGUCAGCCUGCCUGGGAGCCCUCCUCUUCCUCUACACAGGUGACUUCUUCCUCCACAUCCGUUUCCACCAGGACAACGCGAGCAAGGAGCUGCCGCCUUCCUGGUUCUGCCUGCCCAGUGUGCACGUGCGUGCCCUGGAAGCACCAGCCUGAGCCCCAGGGCAGCCACAGGGGCCCGGCCUGGUCCCCAGCUUCCCGCCAUCCCGCCCCAGCCCUCGAACCCAUGCUUCCUCCCCUUUCUCGUGUGAGCACCCCAGACACGGCAGCCUCACCCCUCCCCGGACUCGCCAGCAGGGCCCUCUGCUGCUGCUUGGUACUAACCGGACCCCACAGGGCAGCACCCACCCAGCCCAGGCCUCCCCAGCCCCGCCCCCCACCCAGUCCCUGGACCUGUCCCUGUGACCUGGGGAUCGCAGCCCAGCCAGGAGAAAGGAAAGGCAAGCAUGAAGGAGGGCCAUGGCCUGGUGGGGCCUGGGAGCCUCCCCUGAGCCCCCUCAGACCUUGAACUCCCCCACGCACCGUCCCCCCGCCCCCCCGGGCUGGCUCUUCUCCCGAGGGCCGAGGCAGCCCCGCAGGAGGGAUGGUGCUGGUCGAUGCCAGGCAGGUCCACCCAUUUCCCCGGCAGGCAGACCUCUGGGCCCGCACCAGCUGCUCAGGCCCGGGGAUGUUUCCGGGCCAGGCUGGGUUGCCGUGGGCUGCAUGUGUCCGUGUGUCUGUGACAAGUUCUCCAAUAAAGGGCCCGCCUUGCUUCUCUGCGGUC